CUGACUAAAAACUAACAAUUAUGGAGAGAAGGAUGCUCUGCUCUGGAGAAAAAUAAAUUAAUAGGUUAGAGAAAGGAGGACAGCGAGGGGAGGAAGGAGGUGGCUGUGUGUGAGAGAGUUGCAGGGUACUGAGGACUGGCUAUGUGUGUCCCGCUGCUGUAUCUCUGCAAGCAACCGAAAGAGGAUGACUGGAUCACAAUUUGGAUGCGGAGAGGGAGCUUUGCAUUGGGGGUCGUUGCUUUGAGGACAGCAAAUAGCUGUGACACAGUGUGCGUAUCAGAGCUGUAAUGUGGCGCGAUAUUUACUUCAUUAGAGGAUUAUAAAUUCACUGGUAUGUAGCUCACUCUGAUGUUUUGACCUCUUAAGGGUAUGUCAAAGAAAGCAGAGUUCACUGGAGAAACUAAUGAAAAUGUUUGCGUUUGUUAUGUAGCCAUUAUGCAGAGUGAUUGUCAGUCAGGAAACUCAGUGGUGGCUUGGUGCUCAGUAGCUGUAUUUAGUGAAGUGUGUGUAAAACCUUGCUAGCUGGUAUGGAUCCUCAGCAGCCUGUUUUUAGCCUGAUGAAGCGACUCUGUCCUUGCUUCAGUCUGCUGCCGCUUCCAAGUCAGGACUGGAGUAAGAGUGAUGAGAGGCUCCUGCAGGCCGUGGAGCAGAAUGAACCGGACAAAGUUAUGGCUCUUAUCGCCAAAAAAGGUCUCUGCCCUACCAAGCUGGAUGGAGAGGGCAAGUCAGCGUUCCACCUCUGUGCAUCCCGAGGGCGGCUAGACUGCCUGGAGGUCAUCAUCGCUCAGGGAGCAGACCUCAACAUCACUGAUGGAGCUGGCUUCAGUGCCCUUCAUCUCGCAGCUAAAAACGGCCAAUCGGAGUGUUUAAAGAGACUCUUACAGGAGAGAUUAGCAGUGGAUUGCACUGACACCAUUGGCAGGACACCGCUUCAUCAUGCAGCGGUCAGUGGCUGUUUGUCCUGUACAGAGACCCUGUGGGACUUCAAAGCAAGUCUGGAUGUCCUGGAUGAGGAUGGGGCCACCCCUUUGAUCCUAGCAGCACAGAUGAGCAGAGUGGAGCUUUGUGUCUUUCUGCUUGGUCGAGGUGCCGACGCAAACAUUCAAGACAACCAGGGAAGGUCUGCGUUGAUGCUGGCAUGUGAGAGUGACAGUGUUGAGACAGUAGAGGCUCUACUGAGAGGUGGGGCCAACACACAGCUGGUUGACGCUCUUGGACACAAAGUCAUGGACUACAGCGUAACCACUGGAAACCAAGCCAUCAUGCAUAUGUUGGAGAAUGGAGCACCUCCAGCUGCUGAGGGCGCAGACGAGGAGCACCCCCAAGUUCCCUCAGGUGCCUCAUCCAUGCUAGGGGGCACAGCCCCCCGCAAAAGGAAAGCUCCUCCACCACCCCGCUCUCCUCUUCAGAUCCAGGCUUUGCCCCCAUCCCCAAGGCCCAGGAGUCCAGCUCCACCUGCCCAGUCCCCCAGGCUCCAGUCCCAGUUGCCUUCUCCACAGCCUCUUGAAACACAGCAACCAGCCCAGCCAGAGGAUGAAGAGGUGUUUGAGGAAAUACGACGGCUGCGGCUUGAAAGAGGCCGUCUGCUUCAGAAGAUCAAAGCCUUGGAGCAGCAGCAACAGAGCGCCCUCUCUGCCCUGGAGGAGUUGUCCACACUAAAACAGCGUCUUGAGGAGGCAGAAGCAGAGAGAGACAAUCUCCUUAAGGAGCUGAAGGGAUACAAUGGCAUUGGGACCAGUGACUCUGAGGACAUGGAUGAAAUGUUGGACUUCCCAGAGAAGCUGCUCUCCAAGCGCUCAAGAGCCUCUGCUUCCCCAGAUGAGGCCACUUGUGAGGAGGACACUGACUCGGCCCACCCCUCUCUAGCCCCUGCAGACCCAAAGAUUGUUGCUGAACUGCGCAAUCAAAUAGAGGAACUUACCUCACAGAACUCUGAGCUAGUUCUCAAAGUGCAGAUGCUGGAGAUGUUUGAGAAGGAUGACACAGACAUGUUGACUUCCAGCUCGGACUUUGUGCCCCUGGUCCAGUACGAGACCCUGAGGAAGGAGUUUGAAGACCUUCAGGAGCGUCUCUCUCAGACCCAGGCUUCAGAAGAAUUGUCCAGUGUGGUCGAGGAGUGUGCUGAUGAGAAGUCUCAGAGUAGGAGUUCAGAUGCAGAGAGUAUCAAAUCUUUGAAGGAGAAGCUGCGAGGCCUUACAGAGCAAUUGGCGUCCUCCCAGUCAGAGCUGGAGGAGCUGAAGGAGCAGAUGCGCCUUGGGGUGCUUUCAGUGGAGUGUGGUGAGAGGGAUACUGAGGUGGCAGGUGGUGGGACUGAAGUCGUGUCUGGGGCUGCAGAGGAGGGUCCCAGCCAAGAGGCACAGCAGCUGAGAGCGAGGGUGACGGAGCUAGAGGAGGAGCUAGCUAAGAGACGGGGCGAGGCAAUGGUCCAGAGCAGCCAGGACAGUGACACAAUCAAACAGCUGAUGGAGAAAGUGAAGGAACUCCAUGCUGCUCUGGCCCAGAAACAAUCUACAGGGAAAAACGAGAGAGACGGCGAAGAAGAAGAGACUGAAACAGUGAAGCUCCUCGCAAAAUUGGAUGACCUGGAGGCAAACCUGGCAGAUAGUAGGACGUCAGCAAAAGAAGUAGGAACGGCAGGAGAAGGAGAUCGGGUCCGACGUCUACAGGAGCGUGUGGCAGAGCUGGAGGGGCAGCUGAGAAAGAGUGUGCCCCGCUCCGAGUUGGAGGAGGUGCAGGUGACUCUGGGGCUCCAGUGUGAGCAGCUUGCCAGGGAACGGGCGGAGGUUGCUAGAAGGCUCAACGUUGCUCUCAUUGAUCUGGAGAGACUCAGGCCUCCUCCAAGAACAGAGGAGGAAGAAGAGGAAGAGGAGGAGGAGCAUUCAGAGAGCUCGGAGCCCUCAGUUAUAACAGAUCCCUCCAGAUGUUCUCUGGCAGCUGUAAGAGAGGAACUGGAGGUGGCGAGGCAGGAAGCGUCCCAGGCCCUUGACUGCCUGUGUGCUGAGCGAGAGGGUCGGGCACAGGAUGCCCUACAGUUGAAAGACGCAGUGCCUCUGUCAAAGCAUAAGGAGGCGCUGUCUGCAGUUUCAGAGCAGCUGGCUCAGACUUUGCAGGAGCUCCAGGAGGAGAAGACCCUGCGUCGUCAGGCUGAGGAGCGCUGCAGACUCGAGGCCAAACUGGAGGUCAUGCAGGAUGCUGUACCUAAAGGGGAGCACGAGAAAAUCAAGCACUCCCUGCAGGCCAGUGAGAGCAGUGCAGCAGCAGCUCAGGAGGCUCUGAGUGAUAAGGAGAUGGAGCUGCGAGAGCUGAAGUCCCAAAAGGCUGCAGAACAGGGUCUGAUCUCUAAGGAGGACCAUGAAGCUCAGCGGCUCUCUUUGCAGGCUGAAAUCAACGCCAUCACGGCCCGUUUCAACGAUCUCACUCGCAAACAUGAAAAAACCUGCACUGAGGUGUUCCAGGUGCAACGGGAUGCUCUCUUUAACAAAAGUGAGCGGCAGGUUGCAGAGUCCCAGCUGGCCACUGUGCAGCAGCAGCUAGCCGAGUUACAGGCCAAAUCCAGCCACAUCCAGGAGCUCCACAAGGACAUCCAGGAAUCCCAGGGCCUGGUCAAGGAGAAGGACCGCAAGAUAACGGAGCUGUCUAAGGAGGUGUUUCGACUAAAGGAGGCCCUGGGAGCUCUGUCACCUCCUCUGGGCAUCACCUCCUCAACCUCAUCCACUCAUCAUGGGAACCCAGGGCAGCAAGUGGCUUGGCAGAACAGGAUUGCCAUACUAACACAGCAGCUACAGGACUGGGAGAGAAAGCAUAAACAGGUGGUGGCUAUAUACCGCUCCCAUUUAUUGGCAGCUGUCCAGGGCCGAAUGGAUGAUGAGGUGCAGGGCCUACUACUCCAAAUCUUGAGAAUGUCACCGCCGGGACACUGAACCUUAAAACAUCUGAAAACACUCUCCAUAUCCGGCCUCUAUACAGGUCAGCGUCAAGCUGCUCCUGCACAGCAGCUUGUAAUGAUUAGUAUCAUGGAGAACUUUUUCGGAAAGCCAAAUACUUCUGAUCUGUGUUAAGGCAUAGCUGCAUGUGUACAUUACAGUAACCUAAACAACAACCUUAAGGGUAACCAGACAGUGAAAGAGGAGCUGUAGAGUGCUUUCAUGGCUGGAAAACUUUAAUUACAGCAGCCUGUAGUUAAGGUUUUUUUAUGGUGGUAGGAGGGGAAUGUGAUUUGAGUCUAUAUUAAGAAGAUAGAAAUGAUUGUGUGAGAUGUCGAAUGUUUUAUAGAAGAUUGUUUUAAUAAAAAAGAAAACUAAGUUA